AAUGUUUUAUUUUUAUUAUUUUUUUAUUUCCAUUCUACGUGACUUUACCGAAAUAACCAAGAAGAUGAAUACCGCUACUCUUGUUUAAAACUGGGCCGACGUUCCCAAAAUGCUUUGUACUUCCAAACUAUUAAAAAUUGUUUAUUGGAUACUUCAAUGUUCAACUUUAUACAGCAGUCGUUCAGACUUGUGGUCAUUCUAUUCGCACGCGGGGUACACAGAUAGAUAAAUCCUCUCGAUAUCACUUAGAUUGUAAAUGUUGUGGAUUUGCUCUCCAACACACCGGUGUGCUGUGCUCGUAACGAAUUUGCAUUUGCUGUGUCGGGUGGUGGCGGGUUUAGCGACACAUUUAUAUAUUUUACGCGAUCUAACCCCCCAAAAACUAUAUUAUUGAUGAUAUUAAUCGCGAAAGUCUACGUGUUAAACCAGUAUAAAUCCGUAAUAUAAAUACAGUGAACGUGAAUCAUUAAGUAACAUUGUAUAUAAAUAAAGUUUACGUUAAUAAGUAAUUUGGUAUUCAUAGGAAACCUUUAUAAUUAAUAUAGUAUAAAAAAUACAGUCGACAUUAAUCAUUAAUAUGGCAUAUAAAUAUAGUCGACGUUAAUAAUUAAUAUGUUAUAUAAAUAUAGCAUAUAAAUAUAGGUUAGAUAAACAAUAAUUAAUAAAUUGAGUAGAUAAAUAUAGGCAACGUUAAUAAUUAAUUAAACAGCUGUGCGGUUGCGUGUUUCCGGUUCCGGUCCGUUGCCGGGGCAACCGCAACGGUCGCGGGAUUUGAAUUUGGCGGAAGCGGCUCCACGUGGAUGUCCUCAGCCCACUCGCCGCACAGCAGCGUCGCCCCUUUAACCCGCAAUCUAAUAGGCAAUAGAACUCGCGACAAACUAGUGUGUGUGUGGUUGUUUUUCUUUGUUGUAGAACGCAUCCCUUAUCAUUCACCAGCUUCUCCGUAGAUCGUUUUCUCGUGUUCAAUUCGGGGCAUUUUGACGUUUAUUUUACGACCGGGGUAUUUUUUUUUGUUUUGUUUGUUGCGCUGAGUAAUUACAAACCGCAAUGCCUCGUAAGAGUGGCUCGACCGGCGGCGGCGCCUCCAAGAGGAAACCUCCGGCGCCAAAGCGGAGGCAGCCGCUGUCUGUCGCGGAGUCCCCCGAGCGGAGUGCGCGGGCCAGCACCUCGACUGCUAGCGCCCCGCGCCCUGCGGGAGAACGUUCUCCAACGAAAAGGAAGCAUCGUUUUCGGCCAGGCUCCAGGGCACUACUCGAGAUCCGCAAGUAUCAGAAAUCCACAGAUCUGCUCCUCCGCAAGCUUCCAUUUUCACGUCUGGUGAGGGAGCUGACUUGUCGUCUUACAGUGCAUCCGUUGAAUUGGCAAUCGUUUGCAUUAUUGGCUCUGCAGGAGGCCACAGAGGCAUUCCUCGUGAAGCUGUUUGAAGACUCAAACCUGUGCACCAUCCACGGCAAGCGAGUGACACUCUUCCCACGCGACAUGCAGCUCGCACGACGGAUACGUGGCAUAGACCGCUUUUGAGCAUCUGCACUUUCGACGAGGACCUUCAUUUUUUUUGCGUGGCAUGCAUGCGCAACACGAACGAGGAAGCAACAUCAGAUGGCAGAGCCCAGCUUUCUAGAACGACAGUGCCACUCCCAUCAUUGGCGGAGGGUGCCUGCUCACACAGGGGAACAAGUUUGUUCACCGUUUAUAAAUCGUUCACCGACAGGCACAGAGGCAGCGUGUGCCAAGGCCAUCCGUUAUAAGCGAACGUGUGGGGAGUUUUCCUAUUUCAUCGUGCAGGUCUGAUAUAGAAUUAUUUUAAAAGGAUAAUUACAUUCUCAGGUCGUUUUAACCUGUGAAGUGCGUUUUGACUUUGUAAAUUUUCAACACUUCGUGCAGAAUGGUUGUGUUAACUAUACAAGUCUUUGUAUUAUGGAAUAUUUUAAUGUCUUGAUAAAUUGUCCACCCUGUAUCAUUUGUAUUUGUAACCCUAUUAGCAAGUAAUGUAUAUAAAACAAUUCUGCCACGUAAUAAGGACCGUAGGGAUUGUUUUUAUGUUGACGGAUGGUAGCUAUUUUAAUAAGUUUAGAUAUAAGCAUACUAUAUUUGCAACACAUUCUUGCAUUUUACUUGUGGUGGGAAAUUUUAGGGAAACAGCUGAUACAAGAACGUUGCAUGAGUCCAUUUGACUCGCUCCUGCAAGCAGUGUGCUGAUAUCCAACUUCGACUGCAUUCAUGCCUCAGACCUGGUAGUAGACUGAAUACAUUCAUCCAUAAGGCCACUUGUCAGAACCACGCGCAUAACUUGUGGUUCCAAUUUCUGUGGCCAAUAAAAAGCGGAUUGUGAUAACCAUCUGAAAUUAGUGGAUUACCAAAUGACUUAUUAGCCAUAUUCAUACAUGAGUACGACUAAAGUUUUUUUGACCACGAGUGGUACCGAUUUCUGCUCUGGCUCAUGGACUAUAUUAUACAGACCGAAUUCAUAGGUUUGGUUACCACAUGAAAUUUGCCAAGUUGGUUGUCCCUGUGCAGUUUUAAUUUAUGACAGUUUAGUAGAGUAUUUGCCUCCUGAAAACACCAAAUAAAAGAAAAAUGUUGGAUACAGCUACUAAACUAACAAAAAGCCUGGUUAUAAAGUCUGGGGACGUAUAAAAAUGUAGGUGGUGCAAAAUUGGGCGGGGUGGGGAAGAGCAUUUAAACUCAAUAUUUUUCGUUUAAUUUACACAAUUAAGUUUUAACAGCAUCCUCAAAACAUUGUUUGCAAAAGUUACAACAUAAAAGUAUUAUUUUAAAUGCCCAUGUAAAUUAAUAUUAAGUGGCAUUUGGGAUGAUUAACUUCAGCUUUUAAGUGUUUAUACAAGUUAAAUGUUGCAUCUUGCUUGGCAUGCCUCAACUGUUUGUGCCUUACAUUGUUUUAAACUGUUCUAUAUAAUAAAGUUUUCCUUACACACUGCAACAUCAAUUUAAUGACAACUGCGGUGCCACAAUGGCUACACUUAAUACAAAAGCAUGCUUGACUAAGCAUCUUGUUGAGGAGUUUGUCUUGGUGCACUCACAGCAUCGCCUAUGAUUUAGACUGAAAUGUGAAUGCCUCAUUUCUGUACUGUUGUCAUGCAUUUCAGU